CAAUAAAGACUAAUUAAUCCAUACAAAACAAGAAGAAGAAGAAGAAGAAGAAGAAGAAGAAAAUGAACGCCGCCUCAGUAGCAUUACUACUAGCCUUCACUACCACCACCACCAUCGUCUUAGCCGCUCCAGCACCCGACGCCGGCGGCGGCGAACAAGCCGAUGGCAUGGCUCCGACGAAGUGGAAAUUGUGGUCGUACGAGCACAUCCACAUCAGCAACGAGCUGGGGUCCAACGCGGCCAUGACGGUGCACUGCACGUCGUUCGAAUUGUUCGGCAAGAAGGAGGACAUGGGGGUCCAGCACGUGGCGGCCGGGGCGGAGUACAAGUGGCAGUUCAAGCCGCCGCUCGUGUUCGGCAAGAGCAAGUACUGGUGCGUCGUGUCACCCGUGGACAAUGACGUGGCGGCGGGCCCCCCGGUCCACGCUGGCUUCUUUGCUUACGACGAGGAUGACAGGUCCAUCUUCGACACGAACUUCAACGUGUACUGGGCGGUUAGGCCCGACGGCGUCUACAUGAGGGACGUGUCCGGGGGAAUCGGGGAUUUGUUGAAAUCCGUGUGGAUUCCUGGAAAUCCUUAGAUUGAAUGCUUUUUUGUCAAUUAAACUGAAAAAAUGAAUGAAGUUCUUGGUUUUCGAAGUCUUUUGACGUUUCUCCGCCAGGAAAAUAGUUCAAAUGGAAAAUGUGUCUUUAAUUUUCCUUCUCUUUUUUAAAAAAAUUGGACAUGGUAAGUUAAUGAUUAUUAAACAAAAUUCAAAUUAUAAUUUAAUACAUAUAUCCUUUCGAGUUAAACAUAAUGGAUGAAUUGAAAUACCAUAUACAUAUUUUGGUAUAUAUGCAAAGUGUAUCUUAUUUCAUUUAUUGUGGAUAUACUUAUCCUAGACCUUUCUAGCAAGUACCAACCCCAUUCAAUAUAAAUAAAUAGAUCAUUUUAGAAUUUGUAUAUUCAAAACAUUAAUGUAAUUUGAUUUCUUUACUAGUGGACUAGCUAGUGCUAUAUACAUUGCCAAAACUUCUCUUUCAAACCAAUUCAUAUUUCCUAAUUAAUUAUUCAAUUAUGAAGAUCUCUAACGUGUUCCUUCUCCUUUUACUGACGUUUCUGGUGGCAACAAGAACCGACGGUGGAGAAUAUUGCAAGUUAGGGUACGCAGGGGGCUUUGCUGAAUGCAAGGACGCAAUAUGCAGCGACCUAUGCCGCGUCAAAUUUCAGGCUGCGAAACAGCCAGUUCUUGGUGGGUGUGAAUCUCAGUUAUGUCUUUGUGUAGGUCCAUGUUGAUCAUCAUUAAUAUUAGUGUUUUCUUAAACUUUAUUACUACAGUAAUAAAAGAGGGGAUUAUAA